UAGCAAAUAGUAAGGAAAAAGAACUACCGCGAAGAAAAUUUGUGCAUGGAUGGAAAUCAUUGACGAUGGGGUUUUUCAUUAGGUAAAUUUUAUUUUUAGUCGUGCUAUGAAACACCCAAUGAAAGCAAGGCAGCGAAACGCAUAGGAGAAAAGCAGCUAACAGACAGAGACAGUCAGAGCUUGCGAAAGAGAGAAGAAAGUGUGUUGUGUAAACAACUUGUUUUUAUGCGAAUCCUGCAUUGUAGAGAAAAAAAAAUCGCUGAAGCAGUUUUGUCAGAAUCUUGGAAGAGAACGGAUCGAUGGUGGAAGUUGUUGUGGAAAGUUUAGUUCCGGUUUUGCAGUGAAAUUGAACUGUCACUUUUAGCUAGGCUAGCUAACCUCGAGUUGGGUGCAUCGGUUCGCAAUAAUUUUGUCGUAAUUCCGAUUUUUUUCGGAAAAAAAAGUGCCAAAAAGCGAUUUAAUUUCCAGCAAUUGAAAUGGAUAAGCUAGAUUUACUGCUAAAUGUGCAUAGUAACCUGGAACCACCUAAACCUGACGGCAGUACAUAUUUGAUGCGAGGCAACUACCAUUAUUAUCACUAUGGAUGUGAUGGAUUUCAAGAUGUGGGUUGGGGCUGCGGGUACCGAACACUACAAUCGAUUUGCUCGUGGAUCAUUCUGAACAAAGAACUAGAAAACGAAGUCCCAAACAUUCCAACAAUUCAGCAAACGUUAGUGGAAAUAAAGGACAAGCCGGAACGUUUCUUCGGUUCUCGUGAGUGGAUUGGUACACUAGAAGCUAUCUACGUAAUCGAUACACUGUUCGACGUGUCCUGCAAGGUUAUUCACAUAUCGAAAAAAGAUAGUAUUGCAAAGCAUAGCGAUACGCUCAAGGAUUAUUUCGAAACAUAUGGCGGUUUGAUCAUGAUGGGUGGCGAUAUGGAUGCUGCUUCGAAGGGAAUUGCUGGAAUACAUGUUAGUGAUGACCAGGAUAUUUACCUGCUGGUCAUUGAUCCCCAUUUUGUCGGAAAAAUUGAAACCAAAGAAGAGCUCUACACUAAAACCUACGUGAAAUGGCAGAAAAUUGAUGAAUUUGUAGAUAGUUCGUUCUACAAUCUUUGUCUUCCUAUGAUGAAGAUUAAAGAUGCUCUGUAAAACUUGCAUGCAUUCUCCAAAGUAGUUGUAAGUGAAACAUUCACGCAGAAAUGUUAUUAAACUUAGAAUAUCGCAUCACAUACCGAAACGAUCGCACAUAUUCACAGGAAAUGGUUGCUUCAUCACAGCAAGAAAAAAAUAUACUGAAAAGCAUCGACACAAUAUCCUCUAACAGACCAGAGUGGACCUGCCCUAAUCCCGCGCAGCACCUAAUACUGUGGGUUUGACAAUAAACUUGAAUAUUUUGCGUAAGGUGGCCAUUCACAGCUCAUGCUUCCUUAAUCGCUCAUUGCAUACGCAUUAUCAUUAUUUACAUACAAUUACUACAAAUACCAAUAGCAUAAUUACAAUUAAUACCAGUAGUAUAAUUGAUCAUCAUUUGCUAUAAAGUGCAAGUUAAGAUAAAAAAUGAUAAAAAUAAUUAUACAUUUGUCGUGAAGCUAGACUACAUGAGCGGUGGGUUGCAACAUUACGGUAUAUUGAUGUUUUUUUCUUCUAAAUAACUAUUGCAAAUGUUAGCAUAUCGAGUCAUCUAAUACAUAACAAAUUUGACAGCUGGCUACAAACACGUUCAAAUACGUACGUACCUAAUACCGUGGUUUGAUACCAGCAGCAAAAUAGCUUAAUAAAACGUAUGUUUUACAUUCUGAAUCAAUUGAACAAGGCUCUGCGCAUCGUUAGAAAUAGAGGUACUUCUAUACACAAUGCACGCCGUUUUUUGGAUAUAGUGAUGAUUCUAUGUUAAUAAAUAUUGCAAGUCAUGUUUUUAUGGCAAACCUAUGGUAAUAGGGCAUGUCACGGUACCUACAUACACGACUGGAAAACAGAAAAAAAUAAA